GAGAGACCUUGUGACCACCAUUUUGGGAAGGUCGAAUGAUUACGAUCAUCUACCCAAAACGCAGUACUUCAAAUACUUCAAAAAGCCACAGAGUAGCGACGCAUGUAUCGUAAAUUAAGUUUUAAUUACUGUUUAUGUCAAGUGGCAAACAUACAAGAAGAAUGUUAGUAGAACAGUAGAGAUAUCGUUGCUUCCUCCGCUUAUGCUAUGGCUAGCAGGGAAGAAGUGUUUCACAAGAAAGUUUGGGGGAAACUGUACCCGGUGCCGCCGAGGCCUGAAAAAAACCGGAGUCCGAAGAGAGACGCCGAGGCUGCGAUAGAAAAGCCGCGUCCGGGCAUAAAGGCGGGAAAAAGACCGACAACCGAUGCACAGGAUGCCUGUCAGCCACACAGAAGGUUGUACACAGUCCUGCCCCCACCUCCGGGUUUUGUGUCCAAUGACAAGGGAUCUGGGCCCCUCCCAGAUACUGGGGUAUUAAACACAGAUGUCCAUCCUGCUGAUGAGGAUGAAGAGGUUUUCGAGUGUGGAGGGCAGCGAAGGAGGAGGAGGAGGAGGGUGAGGAAGGCUGGAGGAGAUGGUGCAGAGAGCCCGGCGGUCCAGGCUGCCAGAGGUCAGGAGGACGAGGUGACGCCCACCAUGGCAGAAGAUGAUCCGAAGCUCAGCAGGAACAAGAGGAGGAAGCUGAAGAAGAAACGGCGCAAGGAGAAGUUCCUCUCCCUGGGUCUGACUCCCAGUGCUGCUGCCCUGCAGUUCAUUUACCAGCCAGAGGACGGCAGCAGAGAGGGCGAGGAGCCGGUAGAGGACACUCAGAGUAAUGAAAAUCAAAUGGCUAAGCUGCUGGAAUUCCUCCAGGCAACUCUGGAAGUCUAUGGCCGGUCGGCCCCAGAUGAGAAGCAGCAAGACCUCAGCCCCGGGUCCGGCGCACAGGUCCUGCUUAAUGGGCUCUUUAACCGGGCGGUACCGCCUUCGGACCUGAGCCGUCUGUGGCGACUCAGGUCACUGGUGCUGCUACGGGACGUGGAUCGGCUAGGCAACGAACUGGGCCAAUUCCAGCAGAGCACCACCAUGGGUCCUGGAGAGGUCGCCCUUAUUUGUUCCCUGUUCCGCUACUGGAUUACAGACAUCCUUCCAGCGUCUGGAGAACAGACUGCACAGACUUCAUAACUUAUCCUGCUCGUGGUGAACACGGGGGCACUCCCUGUCACUAAGACUAC